AUGUCGGCAGACAGCGACUCGGACCUCACUGAACUCUCAGACGCGGCGCCCCCCACACCUGGUCGGCCCCAGACACCCAACGCAUCCCCCGACGACGCCCCUCAGCUCGCUUCUGGAGAAACAUCAGCCCCCAACGCACAUACAGGCGCAGCUCCUUCCGCGUCAAAGGCAAAAGGCCGCACCUCGUCCCGCAAGCGCCCCAGGGCCGAUCCGACCGAUGCCGCCAGGCCAGAGGACAACGCAGAUGCCGCCCUACCCCCCACACUCAACUCAGAGGCCACAUCGUCUCCUGCUGCAGCCGCAUCCACGCCGUCAAGGGACGUACGAAAGAGCGCGAGGGAGCGUCGUCCCUCGUCCAAGCUCCGCGAAGCAGACGACGAGCAGUCCGCCUCCUCCCCCGCGCCACCUGCCAAGUCCGCCACAGCCGGCAGGGCCAAGAAAGGAGCUGCAAAGGCUGCCGAGGCGGAUCGCCCGGCAAUCAAGAUCAGGAUCCCGAGAUCCAAGGCUAGCCGCGAGCAGAGCCUCGAAGGCGACGCCGUCGCUGACCAGGCAGCGGGCGGCCCAAACGAUGCCGGCAGUGGCCUCACCGCUGUCUCGGCGGUCCGCGCCUCAGAUGACGGAAGCGAAGAGGGGCCUGCAGCGCCGGCGACGAGGCGGGACGCACCCUCCUUCACGCCUUCGGACGAUGAAGGCGUCAGCAAGCCCGGCCGUCGGGCCACCAAGCGAUCGCGCCCCUCGACCAGCGGCGUGGCAGCAGAAGCCGCCGGAUCAAAGCAAAAGGCCAGAGGGCCUCGCAAGAAGCCUCGCCUCAUGCGCAGCGACGACGAAGCCCAACCCUCCAGCGAUGAAGAGAUGCCGGAUGCCGCCAUCUCGGAGUCUGACGGCUCCCUAGUCGGUGACGAAGACAUCGACGACGACGACGAUGCGGGCGACGAGUUCAUCGACGACUCGCGGCCCAAGAGCAAGCGAGGCGGCGCGGGGACACGAUCCAAAGCCCCUGCCAAGGGCGGGAGUGCGGCCAAGGCGACAGGAGGGGCUGCGGCCAAGGGCACGGCAUCACGCACUUCGACGGCGGGGGGCAGCGCAAAGUCGACGCCGACGACGGCACGGAACGCCUACGUCAAGAACAAGGCGGGCGCCACGCCGAGCAAGACGUCGGGCCUGGGCGCCGGCGCCGACAAGCUGCGGGCCAGCAUCGAUUCGGCGCGCGACAAGGCCGCCUCGACCAAGGCCGCUUCCAAGCUCAACCCGAACGCGUCCAACUUCGUGCCCAAGUCCGGCGGCGGCGGCGGCGGCGGCGGCGCCAAGGUGUCGACGCCCGGUGCGGCGGGCGCAGGUGCUAGGCCAGCCAAGCCUGGAGGCGGCAAACCUGGCGAUACGCAGUUUGGCAAGAGCAUCAUGGGAUGGGACCAGCUAUUCGGCUCGCUCGGAGGCGGUGGCGGGAGCGGGGCGGGCGGGACGUCGACGCCGCCCAAUGCCUCGUCCAAGGCGACCGGUGCGUCCACUUCGGGUGCCAAAGGAUCCAAAACGGCAGCAGCAGCAGGAACGGCGGGUGGAGCAGCGGGACGAUCGCGACCGGGCACGUCGAGCGGGGCCGGGGGACCCGGUGGCGGCGGGUCGAACCGCAUCCGUCCUCUGCCGCUGAUGGACUCGGCGUCGCCCGACGAGCUCAAGCGGCUGCGCCAGGCCGAACGCGAGGCCAACCUCGACACCGACCAGUGCUUUGACCUCCUCGCCCACGCCGAAAUCAUGAUGGCCUUCGAACACGACCUCAUCUCCCAGGACCGCAAACUCGGCAUGGCCCUGCGCCCCAGCAGGUUCAAGGCCGGUCUCAACCUCCUCGUCCCCGGCAAAGGCGGGCAGCAGACGUGA